AUUGCGCGCGCCGGAAGCGAUUGUUUGCUGCCGAGGAGAAGCACAAGUGAUCCUGAUAACUGAUACUGUGUCGCGGAGCUGCUGGAAGCCUGAUCCCUUUUGGUGUGUCUGUGAGCGUAACAUCAACAAUUUGUUCUGCUGCAAUGGGUGAACCACAGCAAGUGAGUGCCCUUCCUCCACCUCCAAUGCAAUAUAUUAAAGAAUAUACUGAUGAAAAUAUUAGGAAAGGCAUAGCUCCUAAGCCUCCACCGCCUAUUAAAGAUAGCUAUAUGAUGUUUGGAAAUCAGUUCCAGUGUGAUGAUCUAAUUAUUCGACCAUUAGAAAGCCAGGGUAUUGAACGAUUGCAUCCCAUGCAGUUUGAUCAUAAAAAGGAAUUAAGGAAACUCAACAUGUCUAUCCUGGUCAACUUCUUAGAUCUCUUGGAUAUAUUAAUAAGAAGCCCAGGCAGCAUAAAAAGAGAAGAGAAACUGGAAGAUUUAAAACUGCUAUUUGUUCAUGUGCAUCACCUUAUAAAUGAAUAUCGACCUCACCAAGCAAGAGAGACUUUGAGAGUCAUGAUGGAAGUGCAGAAACGUCAGCGUCUAGAAACUGCAGAGAGAUUUCAGAAACACCUAGAACGAGUUGUAGAAAUGAUUCAGAAUUGCUUGGCUUCUCUGCCAGAAGAUUUACCUCAUUCAGAUGGAGGAAUGAGAAUAAAAGCUGAACCAAUGGACACUGAAGACAGCAUAAACUGUAUUGGAUCGAAUGAACAGCAAAGAAUAAUUUCUAGCGUAAAAAAAGAUCAGGUUUUGGAUAAAGAUGCUAACAUGUGUAGCAUUAUUGAUGAAAUGACAUGAAAAAGCUUUGGGUUUUGUGAUUUUCAGGGAACAUGCAACUGAUGCUAAGGAAUUAGAAUAUGACGUUUCUUUUCCUUUUGCUAUGACAAUUUAAACAGUAAUGGAAUACAAUGUAUAAAUCAGUAAAUAUUGAUAAUUUAUUUGUUUAGCUUUUGCAUGUAUAUCUAUGCUUGACUUUAAAGAGCGUCAAUCUUACUGAGAACUUUACCUAUUAUGCUAACUGUGCAAUUCAUCAGUAUCCAAAUUUUGCUGAUGAGCAUUUAUUGAAACAUGGGAGGUACUUUAAGGAAUUUAAAUAUAUGUGGUGAUUCCUUGUUUAGGUUAAAUUAAAAGACAUAUUAUACCACAGCAACACUGUUAUGUAUACAAAGUGGAAGUAAAGACAGUAAAUGUUUUUUUCUUGUUAUGAAUGUUUGUGAAUUAAAGCAACUGUUUCUAAAGAUAAGUAAA